UAUAUAAUAGACAUUUCACGUUAGACAGAUAUAGUAGCUACUUCAUAAAUAAUAAUAUAUUAAUUAAUUAAUAUAAUAACAGUAAUAAGAAUGUAAAAUUCCUUCGUAAUAAGGAAUUCAAGUACUUAAAAAAAUCGGUUUUAUAAUGUCAAAACGAAAUAAGAUUUCUUAUAUUAAACCACGAGAACCAUCAUUUUUGAGAAAAUUAAAACAAGAAGCCAACUAUAAAGAAGGACCAACAAUUGAUACAAAAAAAAUUGAACUACCAACUGAUGAAGAUGACGAAUCAUAUGAUGAUGAUAAGCCUACUGUGGUUGUAUUAACUGAAGGUGAUUUAACGUCUGAAGAAGCAUCCAAAGAGGCAUUAGCUAAAGAACAAGAAGAAAAUAAUAAACCAGCUGAUUUAUCUAAACGUAUAAUCUUCAAACGUCCAGCUAAAAGUACACCACAAUCUGAAGAAAAACAUAGAGUAAAUAAAAAAAAAAAACGAACAGAAAAAUUAGUUCUAUCUUUUGAUGAUGAAGAGGAGUAUUCUUAAACCUGGAUUCUGCAAAAUUACUUUUUGGUUAUCAAGAUAUGUUUGUCUCCAUAGAUGAUUGCAACAACGACUUUCAAAUAAACACCUAUCUAUGUAUAUUAUAUUAUAUAUAUUUUAACAAAGUAUUUAUAUACAAUGGCAAUAUAUUUUUAUAACAAAUGUUGAUGACUUAUUUGAUUGCCAAAUUAAUUUUGUAAGCUUA